GUGGCUGCUUCUCCUCCGCACCGUGCGGCUGGCUCGUGUCCUGCGGCCGCUCGCUGCGCUCGAGCCUCCUUCCUCCCGACGCGCGCAGCUGUGGGGGCUGAUUUGAGAGCACCGUGCAGGUGGGCAAGCUGCAGGACCUCAUCCACCGCAGCAAGAUGGCCAGGUGCAGAGGCCGCUUCGUCUGUCCGGUCAUCCUGUACAAAGGCAAGCACAUCUGCAGGUCAGCAACCCUAGCAGGGUGGGGGGAGCUGUACGGCCGUACCGGAUACAACUACAUCUUCUCAGGGGGCUCUGACGAUGCCUGGGCUGAUACUGAUGACCUUUCAGAGGAAGAUCCUGCGUUCAGAAAUGCAGACUCCCAGUUGUUUGACAAGGUUAGAGGGCACGACAUCAAGCUGCUGCGGUACCUGUCGGUCCGGUACAUCUGUGACCUGAUGGUGGAGAACAAGAAGGUGAAGUUUGGCUUGAAUGUUACGUCUUCGGAGAAGGUGGACAAAGCACAGCGCUAUGCUGACUUCACCCUUCUCUCCAUCCCAUACCCAGGCUGUGAAUUUUUUAAGGAGUACAAAGAUCGGGAUUAUACUGCUGAAGGCCUUGUGUUUAACUGGAAGCAGGAUUAUGUAGAUGCUCCAUUAAGUAUCCCAGUCUCCCUGACUCAGGCUCUGAAUAUUGACUGGAGCAAAUACCAGAGCUGGGACCUGGUGCAGCAGACGCAGAACUACCUGAGGCUGCUGAUCUCGCUCAUCAACAGUGAUGAUGACAGUGGGCUCCUGGUGCACUGCAUCUCUGGCUGGGAUCGGACCCCCCUCUUCAUUUCUCUCCUGCGCCUCUCGCUGUGGGCUGAUGGGCUGAUUCAUGCAUCCCUGGAGCCUGCCGAGAUCCUCUACCUGACUGUGGCCUACGACUGGUUUCUCUUUGGGCACAUGCUGGCAGAUCGGCUCAGCAAAGGAGAGGAGAUUUUCUUCUUCUGCUUCAAUUUUCUGAAGCACAUCACCUCACAGGAGUUCUCAGCUGCACCGCCGCCCAGGCGGAAAAGCUUGCCCCCUGGCUUCACUCUGGAGGAGAUCUGCAUGCUCCAGCAGAGGGACCGGGGCAGCACAACGAGCCUGAGCAGUGACUUCUCCCUGGGUGUGGAGAGCUCUCCCGGAGUGGUUGGGAGCUUCACCUACGAGGCCGUGGAGCUGAUGCCAGCAGGAGCCCAGGCCCAGGCAGCCUGGAAAAAGAACCGCUCCUCGUCACCACACGCUGCUCUCUGGAGCCGGGCGCAGCUGUCUGAAGACGGGCCAGCUGUCAUGGGGUCGCUCGAAGCCAAGUCCUCCAGCUCAUCCUCAUCCAACCACUCUGACCACUUCCUGCGCAUCGGGAGCAGCCCACUGGAGGUGCCCAGGCCCAGAUCAGUGGACUGUUCCCUGCCCGGCUCCUCCGUUUCUACAGACUUUGGCAGCUGGCAGCUGGUGUCGGGGUGUGGCAGCAUUCAGGAGCAGGCGGUCCUGAGCGUAGACGCCUCCCUCCCUCGCAGCCUCCUGGACGAGCUCCCUAGCAGCUGCCUGCUGGGGUCCAGCAACGACCGUGCAGCACGGCUGGAGGAGGUGCGCGCCGCGUUCCUGGCCACCUACAGCCGCACGCUGGGCCUGCGCUCGGCCGCACCCAGCCCCGUGGGCACCGGUGGCAUCGGCAGGCUCCUCGGACAGGGAUAG